CUAAAUCCCAGCGGCAUUAUAUAAAGCAAUUGUGGCAUAUAAAUCCAUCUUGCUUAGAGGUCAAGGCGAUAAUGCUUAUCGGGUAUUGCUAUGCGCGAAAAACUAAAAAACUACAUUAAGAAAAUGUCGUUAAACUUUGUGUAUGCAAACAAACUACUGAUACGAUUUAUGAAAGUCAUUUCGCCCUAAAAACAAAAACAAUAUUAUAUAGUAGAAAUACGGUUGGCUCUGAGCGUUAACCAAAUAUUUGUCCACCAAUAAAAGAGUGUGACGAGCCAAGACGAUGACGAUAACAACAACAACUCUGUCGAGUGCACGACUGAAGGUCUGCCGGUAAAAAAUAUGUUUAUGUGUAUAAAAGCUCGUUACCGACUGAUAAAGUCGGGCACGCGGUACAGAAUUGAGUAUAUAUAUCCAGUUCUCUCCAAACCGAAGCACAGUCAAACUUUAACAAGCAACCAAAAGAACUAAACAAUCCAAACCAUCUAACAUGUCCCGAUUAGCUUUAAUCCUACUUAUGGGCCUGGCUUGUGCACAGGCUGUGCCAUUGGCCCUCGACGACGACAUUGAUGACACGGAGGUCAUUGAGCUGCCCGAGAACGGGAUUGAAGAGGCGCCGGCGCCGAGUAAGGACACCAUUGAUCUGAGCUCUUAUGGUAGCGCCUUGUUCGGUGAGCCGGAUCAAGAUCGCACCGGCGCUUUGGUAGGCAACUUCAGUUCCGAAACAGACACGGUGAAUCCCGAGGAGCUGGGCAGUUAUUUGGAAGGCGACAUUCUCAUACCACAGGCGGCUGUCUCUAUGAAAAACGGGUUAACCACACAGAGUUCGCGCUGGCCCAACGGCGUUGUGCCAUACGAAAUCCGCGGCAGCUUUAAUGCGCACGACAUGGCAACGAUUCAGAACGCCAUCGAUCAGUACCACAAGCGCACGUGCAUUCGAUUCGUGCCCCGCAGCACUGAGCGUGAUUACAUUUCGAUUGUGAGCGGCAGCUCGGGCUGUUGGUCAUCAGUGGGUCGCGUCGGUGGCAAGCAAGAGGUGAAUCUCCAGUCGCCUGGCUGUCUUAGCCGUCCCGGCACAGCCAUACACGAGCUGAUGCACGCCCUUGGUUUCCUACAUGAACAGAAUCGCAUGGAGCGUGAUAGCUAUGUGGCCAUCCAAUACAGGAAUAUUCAAUCCUCGGCCAUGAGCAACUUCGAGAAGGCCGCCUCAACGGAGGCUUUCGGCGUGCCAUACGAUUAUGGCAGCGUUAUGCACUAUUCAGCGAAUGCCUUCUCUACCAACGGACAGCCGACUAUAGUCGCCAUGCAAUCGAAGGGUUCUUCUCUAAUGGGCCAGCGUAAAGGAUUCUCAGACCUCGAUGUGGAGAAAUUGAAUCGCAUGUACGACUGUGGGUAUGUGGGUGGAGCAGCGCCAGUGCCCGGUGCAGGCACUGGAGCACCAGUGGCAGCUCCCGGUAGCAAUCCCAUCGUCGAUAGUUUCCUCAGCGGCCUCAUCAGCGGGCUGGGCCUUGGAGACGGCCAUGAUGAAAAGGCCACGGCAGCCAGCAGCUAAACCAAAGAUCCCACUCCCUUCACACGAUCACCCACUGCGAACAAUUAUUUAAAGCAUUCCACAUACACCCUUAGCCUAGAACUAUUUAUCACGAAUCUCUGCCUGAUCAAAGUAUUUAA